AUGACGCCCGACAAUGCGUUUGGCUUCCGCCGGACCUGCCCGGGCUGCCCGAGAAACACAAUGAAAAGAGGGGACAAAGCCAUUGUGCCAAACUCCUUUGGAAAAUGGCAAAGCAGCUCUCCAAGGUCCAGGACCAUGGAGAAGCCGGAUGAGCCUUCGGAAGCGGCAGAGGAGGCGAGUCUUUCCAACUGCACCUGCCCAAGAAAGGCAAGGAGUGACCGCCGUAACCUACCUUCUCCCGCCGUUAUUGACCGGAGGUGUGACGUAGAAAGAGAGCAGAACGCAGGUGCUUAUCUCGGGGCUGUCACAGACACAGUGUGUCAUAUUCCUGGGGACUACCUUUCAAAAGCUACCGGCUCCAGCGCUAGAGCAUCAGCCGAGCAGGGACCACAGAUUCCGCAGCUAACUUUCAGCAUCAGUCAAGUAGAGCAUGAAUGUCACACUAACAUCUUAGAACAGCUGAAGAAACGUGUGUGCAGUAACCAGAGCGGCCCGUGGGGACCUUGCAGAACAUCUUAUUCAUUACAGGCCAAACAAACUAAGAUGGAGUCUGACAGUGAAGAGAAUCAUAGUGAAACAUGUGAUGUUCUGCCUGACUGCAUCGCUGAAGCGCCCAGGUAAGCCAGAGUUCACUACC